CAUUAUUAUCAUUGUGUGCGUGAUAGACUGAUAAAAUUAUUAUUAGGCAUCAUUGACUUGUUGAUUAAACCAAGCCAAUCAAGUUUUAUUUUAUUAAAACGAAUCGAAGAUUCGGGCAACCAACAAGUUUUGUGCAAUUUUAAAUUAUGAGUUUGUCUGAUAUUAUUCUUGUUGUCUACGUAUUCGUGGCACUGUGUUUUGAUAAAACUCAUGGCAUAAGGUUCGAGGAGGGAUUUAACUUUAAUAAUUACUACGAUGGACAGCAAGUACAAUCUGUGGAGAAGAUAAAUGCCGCUUUGCAAAGACUAGACCAUGUUCCUCAGAUGGUCAGCGAUUGGCCAGAUCCUUCCAUUAAGUUUGGACAAGUGUCAGGGGUAGCAAUUGACAAUGCAGGCCGCGUACUCGUGUUCCACAGAGCGGGAAAUAUCUGGGAUGUAAAUUCAUUCACUAGUCGGGAAGUGUACCAGAACAUUGGGGAGCCCCCUAUACCGGACCCCACUAUAUUGGUGUUCAAUGACACGGGAGAACUUGUUGACAAGUGGGGAGAAAAUCUGUUCUUCAUGCCCCACGGUAUCACGGUGGACCACAGCGGCAACGUCUGGGUGACAGAUGUAGCUCUGCAUCAGGUGUUCAAGUUUACUCCCACCCAGAGACAGGCGCCCGCGCUUACGCUUGGGGAGAAGUUCAUCCCGGGCAACAGUGACGGUCGUUUCUGCAAACCUAGCGCCGUGGCCGUGCUGUCGAACGGCGACUUCUUCGUGGCUGACGGCUACUGUAACCACCGGAUCAUAAAGUUCUCGCCCGCUGGGAAGAUCAUACUGCAGUGGGGGAAACGGUCCGGCAGCGACCCGUUCGUGUUCAACGUUCCCCACGCGCUGACCCUGGCUGAAGACCGCGGGCUGGUGUGCGCGGCGGACCGCGAGCGCGGCCGCGUGGCCUGCUUCCGCCACGACAACGGCACCUACGUCACCGGCUUCAGCUCCUGGCUGCUGGGCACCAGGGUCUUCAGCGUGGCCUACGCUCCUGUACAUGGCGGUCGUCUAUACAUAGUGAACGGUCCGUACGGCGGGGCGGCGGUGCGUGGGUUCGGCAUCGACUUCACAUCGGGGAGGCUUAUCUCUACUUUCGCACCCACCGGUGGGUUCCGGAAUCCACAUGAUAUCGUCGUCUCCAACGAUGGGUCUACCGUGUACGUAGCAGAAUUAGACCCGCAUCGAGUUAUAAAGUUUGUGGAUGACAGUCUGAAGAAUGAAACGCGAGAGAUUGCACAGAGCGUGACGACACGAGCCAAGCCGACAGUCACCAGCGAGGCGAGUUCCGCUCCCACCGCGGAGGGCGGCAUCAGCAUGUCGUGGUGGUGGGGCGCGGGGUGGGGGGUGUGCGCGGUGGGGGGCGCGCUGGCGGCCGCGCUCGCUCUGCGCAGCGCCAGAAACGCCGGUAAAGAGCGCGAAGCUCAACCGCUAGUCUCGUAGAUCUUUCAUUAUUUAUGUUCACUUUGAUUCCUGUUCCAUUUUUGAAUUUUGCUUCUCGCAGUAGACAAAGAUGUUCGUUUCAGAAGUUGGCACUUUGAUUUGGAUUCGAUUUUUGAAUUAAGUUAUUCAGAGGGGCUACCUUAUUACCCUCAAUGUUUGUUUUUUUUUUAUAUCGCUCCACUUCAUUAAUUUAAAUUUAUUUUUCAUAGAUUUUCUACUUUAAAUGAGUAGCAAAAUUCAAAAAUAUACACCUAAUUAAAAUUCUUCUGAUAAAAAGCACAUAAACCGUACCAAGAACUUACUAUAAGGUACGUAUACAUAAGAUUAUAAUCCAUUGAAAGAUUAUUUUUGGUUAUUUUUAUUAUACUUUCGUCGCACAUUGACACAUUCCGAUUGUAGUUAUUUAUUUUGCUUAGUGAGAAUAUAUUAUUUUAUGUUAAUAUUUUAUUGAAAUAUUUUUCAAAUAAAUUUAUUCAUUGUGUUUUACUUAUGAAUAUAAUUUAAUUUUUAAACUGAUGACGGAUUAAAUCUACGAAUAUUAUUAAUUUUUUGUUUUGUGAUGUACUUAAUAUAUUUUUCUUUACAAUAUUACACUAUAAUGUUUAUAUCCAUGUUUUUACUUAAAAUUGUGUUUACUUAAAAUUCAACUAUUCCAUAGUUACAUAUAAUAACUAUAACAUAUACAAUAAUUUUAUUAAUUUGUAUAGGUUAGUAAAAUAUAUAGAUAUUGAUGUUGAAUUAAUGCUACAAGAUUAUGUAGUAUGUAUGUUCAUUAUUGUUAACGUGUAAUUAAUAGUGUCGUAAUAUUUUCAAAAAUAAAUAAAUAUAUGGCCAACCGAAUUUACAAACGACUAAAAGUUCCUAAAACAAUAUAUAAAACGUAUGUGAAUCAUGUUCCCGAAUUAUAAUCAAAAUGUACUUACGUACAAGUACAUGUUAUUUAUAUUAGUGAUAAGAAAGUAAUACGUAUAUAGAAAGUUGAAUGAUCUCCAGUUACUUGAUCUGAGAUUCAAUUUUAUUUGACUUUUAUUUUUGUGAUCUUAUUUUAAGUUAUUCGCUACUAGACUUACUAGUAAGUAAUUAAUUAUUUGAGCGGCUGCAAAUAAUAUUAAAGCAUUCCCGUUAAUUAAUUCGAUUCCGCACAAAUCCCACUUUUAUGAUGUGACCAGUAUAUAGUGUCGCCACAUAAGGCUCAAUUAGGGUCUUAGGUCUGAUUUAAAUCACUCAUGUAGGUAUCACUAUGUUCACUUGGGUGAAUGAAGUGCCUUUUGGUAAUCUCAAGUACCUUUUAUAAAAUGUAAUGGUGAACAGCGCCCCUCAAGAAAUACAUUUCUUACAGUGAAAUUAAUGAUUUUGUGCAUUUUUAUUAUAAGAGAUCUGAGAUAGAUUGAAAUAAAGAAAUCUAUUAACCCAGGUAUCAUGGCCUAGAACGAUAUGGUGAAAUAAACGCGCAUAGUUCUAUUUUUAGGCAUGUUUAGUUUUUAAGGUCACAAUUUUACAAUUUUAUUAUGUUUUAAAAUAUUUUUUUGUGUCGCUUAUAUUUUGUGAUCGUAAGUAGACAACUGUAUUGUGAUGUAAGGUAUUUAUUGAAAUAUAUUUAUUGGA